CCUUUCAGUUGACUGCCUUGUCGAUAGAUAUUAUUGACUCUUUGGUGAAAGUGUGCUGAUUUGUUCAAUUUAUUCGUUGUUUAUUUCGGCUUGUUAUGGUAAUUCAACUAUAGUGUGAAAGGGAAUUUUAAUCUCAUCUUUUUCUGUGGAACCUCUACAAUAAUGUAUGCCUUUUUCUCUUUGUCGUUUUGUGGCAACUUUUGUCUCUGUAAGAUGCUUCCUUUUGUUGAUCUUAAAUGCUGCCGCAUUGUUAGAUGAGAUAAUCGAUUUAUUUGGAUUGUUUUGGUGACUGGAGUUUUUUUUUGGGGAUAAUUUGGAAUGCAGUUUUUGUUUUAUAUGGAGUUUGCAUCUUGCUUUUGUGUUUCUGUGCUGUGUUGUAGAAUUUAGAGGUUAAAUUUGGAUGCUUUUGAGAUGAAUUUAGAGGUGAAUUAUGGUGCAGAAGUAGGUGGGAUGGUGGUCAGAAUCAGAUGAGAACAACUGGUGUUAUUGGUAGUGGAGGGAGGAGGUUUUUUGUUCUAUUCUUCAGCUUCUGGAGAUAGUAACCGAUUGAGACUUCUUUUAUCGGGUCGGAAAAAACGAGAAGGAAUCCAUGAGAGUAGCACCGUGGAGCCAGUACCAGUUGGUAGACCAAGAGACUGAUCCUUAUCCUGAUCUCCACCUGGCUCCUGUGAAGAACCGGCUAGUCCGCGGGUGUGCCUCCUUUGUGUGCAUUGGUCGCCAUGCCGCUGGACGUGAAAAAUCUUUUCCUCUCAAAGUUGGACCGACUCAAAACCAAGAAGUUUUGCCGGAGCCUGUAGAUGUUGACGAGAGUAAAGUUCAAGUGAAUUCUGUUGAUGAUCCAGUUAAUUACAAUGAAAAUAUUAGGGCGAUAGUUAGUCUUAAGAGUAGCCUGAAGAAGUCAGCAAAUAUUGGUCCGGUUGCUCGUGCUGCUGAUAGUGGAAACUCCAACAAGCAUGAAGCGGACACAGGUCAGUUGGAGAGGAGGAAAGUGCAAUGGACGGACACAACUGGGGGAGAGCUUUUUGAGAUACGAGAAUUUGAGAUGAGGUGUAGUUCUAGAAAGCAAGGUUGUACGCUUAGGUUGAUCUGGUAUCUGCUUUCGUGCAAGAUGGAUCGGACGAUGAAUUUGAUUAUUUGACUGCAAAGAGUUGCUCAUGCCGAAUAAUGUAGUGGGCCAUGUUUCUGACUAUUACUAUGACAAGCCUUUCAUGUGCUACCUGAAGUCCGAGCAACCAAAACACUGGUUUGAUCUCUGCUAGCCCUGUCAUUGGAUUACGAGAAAAUGGAAACUUGGAGGUAAUGCAAGAUGCCAUGGCGAUUCACUAGCCUGCUCUGAUCAUAUUCUUGCUUGCAUUCAGUUGUGGCGCUUUAGGAUAUGGUGUUUUUGAAGGUUAAAAUUCCGUCUUUUGGCCUUCUUAUAUUGUUCUUUUGAGUUAGAGAAGAGCUCCUGUCAUCUUUAGGUGAGCCGAACGCAUGAAUGAGGAUAUAGUCGUUUCGUUCUCCUCUGUUAAGGACAUCAGUGAUGAGUUAUGUAUUUUGUAGUUGUCAAUAUGCAGUAGUAGUAAUUAUUUGAAAAGCUGUGUAUAUUCUGCUUUGAUUGAUGCCUAUGGCUAAGAGUGACUUGUAGUACAUUUUUUCUUUUUCUUUUGAGAAAACCUUUCCUUCAUUUUAAAA